UUUUUCAAAGUUGUUCUGCUAGCAGCAAAGCAACCCAGUUUCCCAAGAAAAGUGAGGAGAGAGAUUAGGGUUCGGCGCUGAGUGCGAUUUUGAAGAAGAUGUCGAUGGGGCAUGGAUGUGUAUUAUUUGUAUGUGCAGAUGAAUGAACAAGUAUGGCGUGUUACUAAAUUAGGAGACGAGAGUCAACCUCGGCCUGAGUUUGAACUAGUUUGUGAUAAUUCCAGUGGUGAAUUGCCGAUUGGAAUGGGAUGUAUCUCUGUGAAUUCCAAAUUGCACAUGGUUGGGGGUCAAAAAGAGCAGAAAAUCACCGAAGAUGAUGAUGAUAGUUCUUCUGAGGUUGAUUAUGUUCCUAAUUUAAAAUCAUUUGUCUUGAAUUUGGAUGCAAUUCGCAUCUGCGAGGAUUUACCUAGUAUGCAUGGUCAAAAGUUCAAUCCUCUUGUAGUCAGUGUUAAUGAUAAAUUUUAUGUUCUGGCAAGACGACCAAUUUACAACUAUGACAAAGCACUUGAGCAGCCUGUUUUCGAGGUUUUUGAUCCAGUGGAAAGAGCUCCCUAGACCGCCCUGGACUGACCCUGCCCAAUUUAAAUUAGGUGGCGAUUAUAUCUAUCAUCACUUUGUUUGGGGUCAUAAGAUAGUGUUUUGCACCCGGGCAGGUUUCUACAUUUUUGACACUGACAUGAAUAAAUGGGAUUUUACUGAUGAGAAGUUGUCUCCUUUCCCUAUUAUCUCUUGUGCUUCAGCUGAAUAUGAUGGGUUUUUAAUUGCCAUGCCAUGGGACCAUCAACAGCUCGUUGUUUACCGGUUGGAUUCGGAUUCGGAUUCGGAUGUGGAUGCGAUUGCCAAGCCUUAUCCUUAUGGGGUGCUAGAUGAGCUUUGGCCUGUGUUCAAUCCUCCAUUUGCUGGAUGCGAAUUCCAGGGCUUUCUUACCCAUUUGGGUGAUGGUGAUGGUGACGGUGACGGUGAUGGUGAUGGUGGCCGUAGAAUGUGUUUAUUGUAUGCCGGUUUUGAUUACUAUAGUAGGUGGUGUGCACGUGUAGCUAACUUUCAGGUUUCCAUCUCAUGUAAUGAUGCUGGUGAUUGGUUCCUCUAUGCAUAUCUUGAGACCCUGCAACAUUAUGAUUUUGAGAAAUUUGAUAAUCCUGCUAGAUGGAUUGAUUCUGCUUUUGUCAUGUAUGUUAGGUGUGAUUAUUUGAACAAGCAUGAUGUUGAGGCUGAUAAAAGUUUAAUGGAUGCAUGUCUUUCUGGAUCAGAUAGGGGUGAUUAUUUGAACAAUCACGAUGUUGAGGCUAAUGCAAGUUUCAUGGAUGCAUAUCUUGCUGGAUCAGAUGAGUAUGUUCUCUAUUGAUUGCAUUUAGUAAUGAUUAAUGUAUUUGUUAUUAUAUUUCAUUUCGAAUUUCAAAAUAUUGUUUCAAGUAUGCAACAUUUUCGUAAUUUGUUAAUAUUUCACUGUUGUGGCAUUGCUCUUGUUUAUGAAAUUGAGCAGUGUAAUAAAAUAGACCCGGAACACGCUUCUUGCUUAAUUUUUGGAAAUACACACAUGAUGCUUUUAUGUAGAAAUUGUUUUCCUCCAAAAUUGUCACGCCCCAAAUAUUCACACAAGUAAAUCCCAAUAUUAACGUCAUCCCCAACUUUCCAACAUUAGCAUUCAUAAUCACUAAGAGAUUUACAAAAGGAGGCCCCACAUGCGGGUAUACAUUCAACAACCUUAAUACAUGAAUCUAUAGCAUGUGGUAUAAUGGUUCAGUGCAAAUAAAUGCCCUCAAGGGCUACAAAGUCUAAGGCUUAAGUCCGGUUACACAAAAGUGGUUGCUUGAACCCACACACAUCUGGCCCUUGGCUUACAAAAAAUUAGUACAACAAAAACAAGAGCCUUGUGCUCUCAACACAUAUCCCACACCUUUAAUUUGGCGGAAUCACCACAUCUUUUCCUGCACAAAAUCUCAUAAGGUGAGCAUAAAGCCCAGUAGGAAAUCCUUACCAAAGUAUAUACAUUUUAUACGAUUCUCAUGAAGUGAAAUGCAUAUACCAUGUCAUGUUAAAAAACGCAUCUCUAUCUUUUGAAAACCUUUAUGCACAAUGAAACCUUAAAAUUUCAACCAUUCAUUAAUUUUCAAUAAAGUUUAAGGGGCGGUAAA